AUGGCGUGCCAACGACCUCUAGCCUCAAUUCUCGGCAUAUCAAAGCUGUCAUCGCCCGUAUCGGCCAGAACCUCGACAGCUUUCCUUCGCCCAGCACGACGAGUCCCCAGGCCUCCCCCAUCCGCAAUGAUCCGUCUUGCCCACAGCAUCCCACGGCCAUCGCCGUUCACUCAACCAGAACAUCAACCCACAUCCACAGCGACUACCCCCCCCUCAUCUUCCUCAACACCAUCCACAACACCAACAUCAACAGCCCCCGGAUCCCCAACACCAUCAUCACCAACAACCCCCAACAUCCUCCAACAACCCCACUACGAACUCACCUUCACCUGCCGCCCCUGCAGCACCCGCUCGCGCCAUCGCAUCUCAAAGCAAGGCUACCACCACGGCACCGUCCUCGUCGCCUGCCCCGAGUGCAAGAACAAGCAUGUAAUCAGCGAUCACCUGCGCAUCUUCAGCGACGCUUCCGAGGCGCGCACGGUCGAGGAGAUUCUGCGGGAAAAGGGAGAGACCAUUCGGAAGGGGACCGUUGUUGUUGGUGGACAGGAAGGGGAAGGGGAAGGAGGAAGUGGGGAUAUGGAGUUUUGGGAGGAUGGGUCGAGUAAUCCGCGCCAGCCGUGGGAGGAUCAGGCUGGGGUGAGGAUUGGAGGGUGGGGGAAGAAGGAAGGGGACGCGGAAGUGGAUGAGAAUGCCGCGCCUGGAUCAACGUUUAAGAGUGUAAAGCCGGGGGAUAGGUGA